CCACCAGGCUGAGGGGCCACAGAAAUGACUGAUGGACUUGGUUUAGGAGUUAUGUUUGCACCUAGAUGGAUCUAACUGAUGAUUGUCAAGCUGUAGAUGAAGAAAGUUCUUUCUGGGUCACACAACGAAGGACGAAUGAGGGGGAAAAUGCAAAGAAACACACAUAGGUGCUCUGCCAGAUGAGCUCUGUGACUCCAGCACAGCAUCACUGCUGACAAUCGGUUCAUCAAGCAGUGAUUGGCUGCAGGCUGCAAUAAAUACCAGCUCACUGCAGAGCAUGGAGCUUCAGAGGAGUUGGGCUACUUUGAGCACGCUGAGCCAGAGAAAUGACUUGUGGACUUGGUCUGGGGAUCUUGCUGAUUUGCCUGGUUCAAGCAGGGCUUGGUGGUUGUUCCUGGGUUAAAGUAACCCAAUACAGCAACACACAUGCUGGCAUUCCUCUACCAGAGGGCAGACUAGGAGACUUUGGCAGUUACCUCCAGGACCAAGCCAGACAAGGUGUCAUUUCUCCACGUUCAUUUCAGAGCAGCAGCUUCAAGGCUGACCCUGCAGGGAAGAGAGGUGAUGGCCAAAGUCUCUCCACCAGUAGCUUCACACAUGCCCUCUCACAACCAGUUCAAAGUUCAGGGAGGCUAGUGAAGACCUCCAUGUCCAAAUCCAACAGCCAGGUUACUGGCUCGUCAGCCUCCUUGUUCGGUCCAGUUGCUCCUGGCCCGCGGCGUUCUGUUCGGAUGCAGACGUAUGCUCAGGCCCCUGCGAGGAGAGUUUCACCAGGUCGUACUAAAGGGGCCAAGGCCAGGAGUCUCUCCUCUCAGACUGCAGUUGGGAAGUCUUAUCUGAGCCCAGAGCUUGCUUUAAAUGUUGGAGGUUACAGACCGAGGAGUCCCCUGGCUGUCCCCAGGAGCAACAGAGUGAGAGAGUCUGCUCCGGGCUUUGCUCCGGUGACGGUCUACAAGCUUCCAGAACCCUUCGGUGGCUCUGCUAUCCGACGACUUACAGAACCUACUGAACAGGGGAAGGUACCUGUCCAGAAGCAACAGGUUUCUACGACUCCUCAGUGGGUAACACCUAACAACCCUCAUCUAACGAGUGUUAAUGCUGGAUCUGACUGGACCCGGAAGAAGCAGAACCAAGGGUCUGUCCAGAAGCUGCAGCAGAUCUUGACACCACCUCCUUGGAAGGGCCCAGCCUACAAUCCUGACCUCCCCAGUGUUCACCCAGCAUCCAAAUGGACCAAGGUCAAGGCGCCUUAUCGACUCUAACAUACGUUGUCUUUUUACAAACAGAUGAAGGAAAAAAAUUAAAGCUUCUGAAUUCUGGCUUGGA